AUGGCAGGCGCCCGGCUCCUGGCAGCGGUCCUCGUCCUGGGCCUGUGCGCCAUGGCGGGGGCCGGGAAACCAUCCCCCUGCCAGUGCUCCCGGAUGAACCCCGACAGCAGGAAGAACUGCGGCUUCCCGGGCAUCACCAGCGAGCAGUGCUUCUCCGCCGGCUGCUGCUUCGACGACUCCAUCCCGGGGGUGCCCUGGUGCUUCAUGCCCCUCCCCAUGCAAGAAAAUGAGGAGUGUGUGAUGGAAGUGUCGUCCCGCGUGAACUGCGGCUACCCGGGCAUCAGCCCCGAGGACUGUGCGUCCCGCAAGUGCUGCUUCUCCGAUGCCAUCCCCGAGGUGCCCUGGUGCUUCUUCCCCAGGCCCGUGCAAGACUGUCAUUACUAA